CCACACAAACAACAACUGUUCUCUUUGAAAACACCUCAGUUAAACAAGGUGCUCAUUUGUAGAUCUCAUAUUGUCUCGUAUAGGUUUAUCUGAUCAUACAGUUAAUGUACUUUUGACAUCUGUCGUUUUCUUGUUCUAUUUUCUGUGAUGGCUCAAAUCAUGAUGUGUGAGCCUUUUGAGCUCUACAAUCUCCUCAACCAGUGCAGCUGUGUGUCGAGGCUGGCAGAGAUAAACUACCUCUGCUUGAUUGAUGCCCGUGAAACCCAAGAUUACAGAAUGAGUCACAUCAUAACAGCUAAGAAUGUCAAAAUGGAUUCAGAGGGCAUGUUCCUCCUACCAGAAGAUGUGGAGGUGGACAGUAUCCGGCACGUUGUCGUCUACGACAGCAACACAAGCUGUUUACAAGAACAAGGCAGAGCAGUUGAAUGUGCCCAGGCCCUCGCCAAAGCAAGCCUCCACCCAGUCCACAUAGUGAGAGGAGGCUUUCAGAGGUUCUCAGCUCUGUACCAUUUUUUAAGGACUGAAAAAAUCAUCUACACCAUCAUGGAGCUGGAGAGCCUGAAGAUUUAUCCUGUGGAGGUUUUAGCAGGACUGCUGUACAUGGGUGACCAGAAACAGGGCAUGGACUCCAGUAUCCUCAAAGACCUGAAAAUCAGCGCUUUCAUCAGCAUCUUACAGAGUGACACUCAGGAAUGUCAAUCCAUAAAGGGGAACCAGACCAUCCUCAACAUCCCUGUGGCCGACUCUGUGGCGUCUGAUUUAUACUCAAGUUUUGAAAGGAUUUGUAGUUUUAUCGAUACACAUAUCAAUAUGGGCUCUAAAGUCCUGAUAGUUUCCAGGCAGGGCAGGAGCCGCUGCAGUGCUGUAACCAUCGCAUUUCUCAUGCACCACCUGAAAUACACACUGGAGCAGGCCUGCACACACCUGCUCAAAUGUAGACCAAGCAUGAGGCCAAACAGGGGUUUUAUGCAGCAGCUGUCUGACUGGGAGUUUCACAAAACAGGAACAAAAGUGACUGAUAUCUCUGAGCCUCAUUUUUAACAAUGGACCUGUCAGCUAUGAUAAUGAUAUGGCUAACUGCUAUUGACUUCAUGCAAUAAAAACAGCAGUGAGAAGA